GCUUGCGAGGGCAACGAGGAGUGGCGAAAAGAUCGCCAGGCCACGUCGCACAGCCCAGGCAACAUCAAGGCGAGCGUAGGUUACCAGCUUCGGUUUCCCGCCAGAUUCACCUUUCCAUUCAGUUCACAUCAAGGGAAGCAGCAGCCUAGCGAUCAUCGCCGUGUAGGUGAUAUUUUUAGGCCAACUGCUGGCACUGGUAGUAGUUAGUGGCUUGCACAUUCCUUGAGCUUUUUUCGUUUACAUGUGUUGCAAUUCCAGUUCUCGAACUGAUCGCGCAAGUCGUAGGGUCCCGCCUAUCGUGGCAGAGACUUCACUCCUUGUUUUCCGCUGUGUUUCGGCCGCGACUGACGAAGUUCAGCGCUUAGAAUCCGACCUCGUCGUCAUGGAAGCAGUAGGGUCGCGCAAUGGGGGGACUCCCGACAGCCCCGCCGUGGAAGUCUCGUCGUCAUGCAAUUCGCUUGUCCCAUCGAGCUCACUUAAUCUCCAAGUUCAAUCUUAAACUGCCACGUGGCAGCCGCAGCCUUCCGAUUAGACCCAACGGUGCAGAUACAGCAUCAGUUGACGAUACUGCAGUUUUUCCAGCUCUACUCUACUGCCAUCAAGAAGACGCUGCUUACAUGAAACUAUUCUACUUGUUUGUUUGAGUUCCGUGCUAGUGUUACACCGGAUAUUCCCAUUCAACAUUCUCCAGUUUAUGCUAUCGCCUAUAG